AGAAAGGCAGCGUCUAUUCUGUCGGAACGCAGAAGAAGAAUAACAACAACCAUUUCUAGGUUACAAAAUAGGGCACAUCGUUCGUGUUGUGUUAUUGUGUAGACUUUUAUAUGAGCUAUGUCGAUUUAGCUCACAUUUGCAGCAACGUAACGUAUUAGCUACUAUUGUAGUUCGGACGUUUUUAUCCCAGUACACUACCAUGCAGCUGUUAAACUAGCUUGAGUCGUGGAGUACAGAAACGAGUUUCUCAAAACAAAGCACUUGUUUUUAAACGUUGACGGUAUUGUUAUUUAAGUAUUCUUGUCGUGUGUCAUCCGUCCCCAAUGGGGUUCAAUAAGACGUACAUCAGUAUCGGGUAUGCCUCUUUUGGCAUGCUUAUAGGAUUCUCUGCGUUUAUCGUGUGGAACAUCGCGUACAAACAAUCAUGGACAGCUGCAAUGGGAGGAUUAUCAGGUGUUCUGGCUUUCUGGGCCCUCAUCACCCACAUCAUGUACUUGCAGGACUACUGGCGCACCUGGCUGAAGGGCCUCAAGUUCUUCCUCUUCAUGGGUGUCUUCUUCGCCCUUCUGGCAGUGGUGGCCUUCAUCACCUUCCUCUCCCUCGCCAUCACCAACAAAGAGUCACUGACUGACCCGAGGAGCCUGUUCCUGUCGGGCGUGUGGAGUUUAAUGACCCUGAAGUGGUCCAUCCUGCUCGCCCUCUACUCACACCGCUACCGCAAAGAGUUUGCUGACAUCAGCAUCCUCAGUGACUUUUGAUAAGGGCCAUUGAACCCCUCUAUAGUGAGGGAAUGAGUACCAUGAUCUCCACCUAUGCCCGCGCCUCCUCGUUUAGGUUACCCGCUCUUUUCCUAUGUCUGUGAAAUCAAAUCAACGUUAAUUUGUCACGUGCACAGGAUACAACCGGUGUAAACAGUACAGUGAAAUGCUUACCUGCAAGCUCUUCCUUAACAAUGUAGUAUUCAAUAUCAAAGGGAAAGAAAUAGAAAAUCCACAAUAGAAUCUUAAAAAGCUCACAGAAACAGGGAAUGCUCAGCGCCUGCUAGCCAGUCUAUCCACAAGUUCAUCCCUAUUUUAUACUGUUUAUGGAUUUUUACUGUCUUCCUAUACAUAUGUGACACUCUUUUCUGUGUUCCUGUCGUAUGUCCUCUGAAGUUGUUUUUAGUCAUAUGCCAAUAUCUCUCUUUUUAUGAGAUAUGGGGUUCUUAUUUGAUGAAUUUGUAUCUAAUCCUUGAUGAUCAUGUACACCUGUGCUUAUAUACCUAGGAUGUUUUUUACUAUAUCUAUAUAUAUAUAUGAUACAGAAUUGAUUUCCAUUCUCUUGCCACAAGGGGGCGUCACUCCAUCAAAUGCGUUGGCUGUUGGGAAAUGUUUUUGCUUUUAGAGAUAAGCCUAUCUCAGAUUUCAUCUCAGUGUAGUAUAACUGUACUCUACCUGCACAAAUCAUAGAUCAUCAAUUCUAGACAACAAUAGGACACAUCACAGGCAUGUUUGGGAAAUCCAAGUGCUCGGAUUUUAAUAUGACUGUUCUGUGUUAUCCGUUUUUACACUUUGUGCUUGGGUUCACAAAAACUUUCUGUCACCUGUAGUCAGUAUAUGUGACGAAGCCACUACAUUUAGUUUGUUGGGUCUCAACACUAUUUGGAAACACUUUACUUAAUGCUGACAGGUAUAAUGCAUUUUUUAUGUAAGACUUAUCAUAAGACUUGUUUGACCCCCCCC